GUGUGGAUCCUACUAAAGGAACCAUUCAAGAGGCCGAGAAUAAAAAUUCUACUACCUCGGACAACACAUUUGAAAAUGUAGCGGCAAAGAAUGGUUCAAAAGAUAAUUCAAAAGAAGAACCAAUGGUUUUCACGAAUACUCGAGAGAAUAGCCAAAUCGAAUCAAUAGCGGAGGGAUUUAUCAAUUUUAACGAAUCAGCAGAAGAAAAGGACAACACCGUUUCUACCGUGAUUAUUGAAACCACUCUUCAGAAAAGAGGAUCCGAUAAUUUAUUACGUGAUUCUGGCUAUGGUGAAAAAUCAACGUCAAUGGUGGAUAAUAAUAAUAAACGUGGAGGUAGAUUCUUUGGAAAACGUCGCUCAAUUCCUUUUUUUUCAUCUAACGAAAUUUCUAGUUCACAAGAAGAUAAUUCAGUUAUACAGUCUAAUAUAAC